AUGGCCACCAACGUCAACGAGGCGUUGAGCGAGAGGACCACUACCCACGCUCCCAUCAACAACUAUGUGGUUUCACCGCUUCGUCGAGAAAAACUUCUCUUCCGCCAUUUUGACACAGACGAACAUCCGGGAGACAACAUCGGCGACGGUUUGCGCGGACACACGAAGCGAUUCGCGAACCUCACGACGCGGACGAUGGCUGCGCAACUCGGCGUAGCUAGGCGCCGCAUCUCAUUCAUACGCUCUAGGCUGCGGCAAAGUUCUCUCGGGACACAAGCCACCAAGGCUGCCCGCAAAGUUCAGAGUCGCGUGGGAGCGCGGUUUGCCGGCUCUGCGGUAUUGGUGGUUAUUGAGCGCACUGCUGUGAGUAGUCAACAACCACCAAAACCGCAGAGCCGCCAAACCGUGCGCCGGCGCGGCUCCGAACUCUGCGGGCAGUCUGGAACACCGCAAAGACGCAGAUUUGCGCGCCAGGCCACAUUAGAGCAGGGCAGCCUCGGCGCAGGGACACUCGAUAUACCAAGUCAGUGUUUUUACCCUCCCAGACAAGUUUGGUACGAAUCUAUCGAACUCGGAGGGAUGAAAGGCUUGUUUGGGACUACCGCGGUUUCGAACCAUCGAUCGAUCGUCCCACAGUCGGACCUCCCACCGACUGCGCUGAUGUCUGUAAAGUGGAAAAUGUUCCAGAAGAGGCUCGCAGAAUCCGAGCCGAUCAAAAAAGGCCUUGUUUCUUAUCGUUGUGAGAAAAAGGAACUACUCCGGCAUUGA